AUGGACCUCUCCGCCUCUCUUCGCCAGAUGGCGAACGACUACGCGACUCUCCUCACGCCCUCUGGGCUGGCCGACAUGUGGAGCCGACCCUUCGGCCUCCUGGCCCCCGUGCACGAGGCGGCACUGCGCGGUGUUGAUCUCGCCCAGCCCCAGCGGUUGGCAGAGUACUUCCUCCUCCCCGCUUUUGCCGUCUGGGUCCAGGCAUUCUUGCUUGUCCAGGAGGGUGAGCGCGGUUCCAAGCGCCAGGAGGGCAGCAACCGCCUGCUCCGGCUCGCUGCCGGCGUCGUCGCCCUCAUGCUCAUGGCGAGGAGCUACUUCUCGUACAGGUUUACAGACCCGCUCCUGAACAUCUGGAACUGUGCCCUCAAUGUCGUCUGGCUGCACCUCGCCGUCAAGUCUGCCGAGUUUGCGCUCCUGUCCCGCGGCGUCCGCGACCCGUACUACCCGCCGCGGCCAAAGUGGCGCGCAGCCCUCGACCUCUGCAUGAACUCGCGCUUGCUCCGCAUGGGCUCCGUGGGACUGGACCACAUGGCCGGCCCGCCCAACUACACCAUCGGCGACGUCGACGAGAACGAGGAGGGCGGCGCCCUCGGCUUGACUGGUGUUGACAAGCCUACGUCGAACGGUGUCGCCAAUGGUUCCGCCAACGGCCACGCCAACGGACACGCCAACGGACACGCCAACGGGAACGGCAAGGCGAACGGAAAGACCGGUAAGCGCAAGCACCGCAAGAUUGAGCGCACGCCUUACGAGGUGGCGCACAACCUGCCCGCGCUGGAGCGACACGAGCCUCGUGUCGGACCCCGCCCGUCAACGCGCCUGGGCGCGAUCGCGCGUCACUUCAAGUACUUCCUCUUCUUCUACACUGUCCUCGACACGGCCUUCUCCCUGAUCCGUCACAUGGCGCCGAACACGCUGGCCUACGGCGCGCUCAACGGCGAGUCGGCCCUCAAGCGUUUCCUGGACAGCACAUCCGUCGAGAUCCUGCCCCAGCUGCACACGGGGAUCAUUGUGCCGCGCCUCGUCGUCGCGUUCUGCGUCCUCUCCUGUGUCGCUAGUGCCGUCUACUGGGGAAUUUCAGUCUGUUACCACGGCGCGGCCGUCCUCUUCCUCGCGCUUGGGUGGGAGAUUAGCGCAUGGGACGUGGACGUGUUCGACCAGCCGUGGAAGGCCGAGAGCGUCAUUGACCUCUGGGGCAGGAGGUGGCACCAGCUCUUCCGGCACCAGUUCAUCGUCCUCUCCUCGUGCACUGCGAGGGCACUCUGUCUCCCCGCCUCGCCGCUCGUGCUCUUCCCCCUCUCGUUCCUCUACUCUGGCCUCCUCCACUCCCUCGGCUCACUCCUCAUGGACCCCAUUGCCGCCCCCAUCCCGCUCGGCUCCUUCUUCGUCGCCUCCAGCUUCGCUUGCAUUGCCGAGGUGGCGUGGAAGAACAUCACGGGGUACCGCGUGCGUGGGUUCUGGGGCCGCGUUUGGGCGUGGGGAUUCCUCUUUGCCACGUCUAGGCUCGCUGGCGAUGCUUGGCUCGACGCCGGUAUUGCAGGACAGUAUGCGCUCCAGCCCGUCUUUGGGCCCAAGAUCGCAGACCUCCUGCUCAAGUACGCCUUUGCGCCGACUGCCUCGGCGUAG